GUGAAAUAUAGCUGUUCUGUAUAGCAGCACAGACUCAGACCUGAGAGCUGAUCAUGCCGUUGACUCAACUUCACAGCUGGUUGAAUGCUGUGGUCCUUGGGCUCCUGCUUUUCCUUCUCCAUGUACAGGGUCAGGACUCCUCAGAGACCAGCCCCAUCAGAAGCACACACACAGGCCAGGUCCGAGGCAGCCUCAUCCGAGUGAGUGACACUAAAGUUGGUGUCCACAGAUUCCUGAGAAUCCCCUUUGCCAAGCCACCUGUAGGACCGCUGCGUUUUGCACCUCCUGAAGCCCCUGAACCUUGGAGUGGUGUGAGAGAUGGGACCUCCUAUCCAGCCAUCUGUCUGCAAAGCCUUGAAAUGAUGAAUUCACUGGGCCUUAAGGAUAUGAACCUGCCCCUGCCCUCAUUCUCUAUGUCUGAGGACUGCCUGUAUCUCAACAUCUACACACCAGCUCAUGCCAAUGAGGGCUCUAACCUGCCUGUGAUGGUGUGGAUCCAUGGUGGUGCUCUGGUUAUAGGCAUGGCUUCUAUGAAUGAUGGAUCCAUGCUGGCAGCCACUGAGGAUGUGGUGGUUGUCACUAUCCAAUACCGCCUGGGUGUCCUAGGAUUCUUCAGCACUGGAGACCAGCAUGCCAAAGGCAACUGGGGCUACCUGGACCAAGUGGCCGCCCUGCGCUGGGUCCAGCAGAACAUCGCCCACUUUGGAGGCAACCCUGACCUUGUCACCAUUUUUGGCGAGUCAGCAGGUGGCGCAAGUGUGUCUUCACUUGUUGUGUCCCCCAUGUCCAAAGGACUCUUCCACAGAGCCAUCAUGCAGAGUGGAGUGGCCCUCCUUUCUGACCUUAUCUCUGACACCCAUGAGAGGGUCUACACUACAGUGGCCAGCCUGUCUGGAUGUGAGACCAUGGACUCAGAGACCCUAGUGCACUGUCUGAGAGGCAAGAGUGAGGCAGAGAUUCUGGUCAUUAACAAGGUCUUCAAGAUCAUCCCUGCUGUGGUAGAUGGGGUUUUCCUACCCAAGCAUCCCCAAGAGUUGUUAGCUUCUGUGGAUUUUCGUCCUGUCCCCAGCAUCAUUGGUGUCAACAAUGAUGAGUAUGGUUGGGUCAUCCCCGUGAUGUUCGGCUCUGCUCAGACAAUAAAGGAAAUAACAAGGGAGAACCUGCAGGCUGUUUUGAAGAAUACAGCAUCACAAAUGAUGCUGCCUCCUGAGUGUGGCGACCUGAUAAUGGAAGAGUACAUGGGGGACACUGAGGACCCACAGACCCUCCAAAUACAGUACACGGAGAUGAUGGGAGACUUCAUGUUUGUGAUCCCUGCACUCCAAGUAGCACAUUUUCAACGUUCCCAUGGCCCUGUCUUCUUCUAUGAAUUCCAACAUCAACCCACCUUCUUCAAGAGUUUCAAGCCACCCUAUGUGAAGGCUGACCAUUGUGAUGAGAUUACUUUUGUCUUUGGGUCCUUUAUCUUCGGCAUGAAAAUUGACCUCACUGAGGAGGAGAAGCUACUGAACAGGAGGAUGAUGAAGUACUGGGCCAACUUUGCAAGACAUGGGAACCCUAACAGCGAGGGUCUACCCUACUGGCCCAUGAUGGACCAUGAUGAGCAGUACCUGCAGCUGGACAUUCAGCCUGCUGUGGGCCGAGCCCUGAAGGCCAGAAGACUGCAGUUCUGGACCCAGACUCUGCCCCAGAAGAUCCAGGAGCUAAGGAAAUCUCAGAGUAUGCACAAAGAGCUAUAGUGUCCUGUGUGAGGAAUGGUGUGUAGCACUGGCUGCCGAUGGGGUCACCUUGAGGUUCCCAAAAUAUACUGACUAACCUGGGUUGAUCCUAACACUCA